AUGCGAUUUCACGCCGCUUCCAGCACCGCCGAGACCAUCGGCGAGCGAUAUCACGAUAUCCUCAGUUCUCCUACGCUCGCAGGGCUCCGGCACAUUCGCAACAUCGUUCAUGAAGCUGUGGUGCUUGAGGAUGUUAUCAAAAUAUCGCUGCAAGAUCUGCGAGAUCAACAAGAGGAGGCUAUCGCCGACGAUAAGAAGAAGCAACAUAAGCAGGGUAUACGAUUCACACGAUCUGUCAUCAUCAAGGAGAUGAACCGCCUCAAGGAUGAGUGGCGAGAGAAUAAAGAAGUUAUCGUCAACGGCAUACCAAAGAGGCUGCAGUUCAAGCAGUGGUUGGAGCACACAGGGAAGCAAUAUGACUAUUUAUCUAUGGAUACACAGCGUUCACAAAUGACUCAAGCACUGAAAGAAGAGACUGACGGCUAUAUGAUAGAUACACAACUCCCUGAUGAUGUGCGUGAAGCUAUCCGCAAGGCACAGUAUGCCGCGAAGCCCCUCAGCGCCGUUGAUCUCACCGGCCUCCCUCACAGUGAUGAUACGGUCACUUUCAACCUCACACAAGCACACGAGCACGAGGAAAUGGAUGAAGAAGACGAGAUUCUUCCUGUAAUUGAAGUCGCCGGCGGCAGCGAAGUCGAGAUGCCCUCAUCGCCGCCCUGUGCACCUGACUCUGAGUCAUCACUACCUACACUUCCCUCAACUCCUUGUCCCUAUCAACACCACACGCAGCUUCAUGAGUCACUUCGUGAUAUCAUCAGGGGAAUAAGAACGGCACAAGAAGAUAGCCUUAUUGGCUAA